AUGAUUUCCUUCUUUACUAUGUUAGCCAGUGCAUUCAGUAGAUUCGACACCAACUGCACGCUCCCAGCGACUCAAGACCGAGUCAAUUACGUCUCCUCCCCAAACACGCGUGGCACUCUUAGCAUCGUUUGGUCCUGCCUGUUCACGAUCAUCGCCUGUACCUGGACUGUCCAGCACCCCAGUCUUCCCUGGCAGAGAAAGCAUUACUACCCCGAUGAGGCAAACUUUUCCGACCCGAGACUCAAGGCUGAACGGAAAUGGAAGAUUUCCAAAUGGAAGCACGCGAUCGCUUGGUUCUUAGGCACGAUUUUUGCACCGGAAGUUCCUCUGGCCAAGCACUUGGGUGAUCUCUGGGAGGUGCGACGCAUGCAAGACGAAAUCAAGAACGCAGCCAAGGAAAAAGGUUAUGAACCCCUUUCUGGAUGGAGGGACUGCCAUUACCUAUUCGCGCUUAUGGGUGGUUUUGCCAUGAGGACGAAUGAGGAGCAAAAUCCGACCGCCCAUGGCAAUCACAAUCCGACGACGGAAGCUGGAAUCUCCGCCGCACCCGGUGGUGAGGAUUCCAUCCGCAGUAUUUCAGAGCCCAAGCUGGCAGCAACCGAAGACAAGCGGGCUACCGACCUCGACCAUGCAACCAAAAGUGAAAUGGAGGACUAUCCCCGCAUUCUAUCGCUAACGGAAAUCAAAGAGCUUCUGGAAGCAGGCAUCUUAACCCAUCUGCCGGAGAUUGACGAAACGGACAUCAUGGAUAAGUCUAAAAAAGACAAUCUGUUGAAAGUGAUUGCAGUCUCUCAAAUCCUGUGGCUGUGUAUACAGGUGAUUUCUCGGGCAGUAGGGAAUUUGGCAGUCUCGCAGCUUGAGAUCGCCACUGUUGCAUAUGCCCUCUGUGCGGUGAUUAUCUACGGUCUCGCCUGGAAAAAGCCUAAAGGAGUCGAAGUCCCGAUUACCAUACUGCAACUCCCCGAUCGAGGCAGUGGAUUCGGCAAGAUUCUGAGCCCAGAAAGAAAGCCCACAGACCAACUCGAUCUGCGGAAAUACUUCGGAGACCAAAUAUGGAAGAGUAUAAAGAAAGGAGAGACCAAGCAACAUUUCAACGGAGAUUUAACCGAUACUUGGCGUUAUAUUCUCGCGACGGCCAUUUCCACCGGCACCCUCUUUGGCGCGGUCCAUCUCGCAGCAUGGAACUGCUUCUUUCCGACUCACACCGAGAAACUGCUGUGGAGGGCCGCGGCGCUCUACUGCACCUGUUUUCCACUGGGCAAUGUCUCAUUGAUCCUCUUCCCUGCAAGAGUCACGAUUUACCAAAAUAUCGAAUUGCUAUUGUCAUUUGUAUGGCUCUUGAGCAAUGCUGUGUUUGUGUUGGCCAGGUUAUAUCUCAUUGUGGAGAUGUUCAGAACCUUGGCAUUCCAGCCUACAGGUGCAUUUGUCGGAACUUGGAGUGUGAACAUGCCUAAUAUCAGCUGA